AUGCCAACGAAAGCGCAAAAUCCUUACCUUGUUACCCGGGAUAGCCCAGAGGAUCCGCUCAACCCAUUCAACUGGCCUCAAAGAACAAAAUGGGCCGUAACACUCCUGACCUCGUUCGGAGGCAUGGUCACCUUGAUGUCGUCCACAAUGAUGGCACCUGCUUUACCUGACAUCGGGCAAGACCUCCACAUUGACGAUGCAACAACGCAAUUGACGCUGUCCAUAUUCGUGCUCAGUCAAGCCAUUGGCCCAAUGGUCUUGGCCCCGUGCACGGAAGUCUUUGGCAGGAAACCGGUCUGGAUCUUAUCGGGCUGUUUAUAUAUUCUGUGGAAUACUGUUUGUGGGUUCUCGAAGACUAAUAAUGUGAUGAUCGUUGGUCGAUUUUUCGCUGGUCUAGGAGCUAGUGCUGAAUACGCCGUCUCCACCCCGGUUCUGAGCGACUGCUGGAGGCCAGAACACCGUGGACACUCAUUUGCGAUUGCUACCUUCCUCCCUCUUUUUGGUCCCGCAAUUGGCCCCAUCCUUGGUGGAGUACUCACUGGUUCCAUUGGAUGGCCCGGAACCAUCCUCCACCACAAAGCCAAGAAGCUACGCAAGGAGACCGGCCGAGAAUACUAUACCGAGUGGGAACGAGAGAACAAAUCCCUUUCUCACCUCCUCGCAAUCAGCUUGGCACGUCCAUGUCGUUUUCUUCUCACACAACCCCUUAUCCAGCUCAUGUCUUUCUUCCUCGCCUACAACUACGGGAUCCUCUACAUCGUCCAGUCCACAUUCGCCACACUCUGGAUAACCCGCUACGAUCAAUCCGUGUCCGUCUCGGGACUCCACUACCUCUCCAUAGCAAUCGGCUGCAUCGUUGCUUCAGUAGGGGGCGCUCGAGUCAUGGACCGCGUCUGGAAACACCUCAAAGCGCGCGCUGAAGGCGAGACGCAACCCGAAUACCGCGUCCCGUUGAUGCUCCCAGGAGCAAUCAUCAUCCCCAUCGGGUUAUUCUGGUAUGGAUGGUCGGCACAAGCACGGUCAUUCUGGAUUCUCCCCGACAUCGGUAUUGCAAUUUUUAGUUGCGGAAUCAUAGUUUCGACGCAAGCAAUGCAGGCGUAUGUGAUGGAAUCUUUCAUCAAGCAUGUUGCGAGUGCCACCGCGGCGAGCCAGUUGCUUCGCAGUCUGGCUGGGUUUGCGUUCCCGUUGUUUGCGCCGAAGAUGUAUCAGAGCUUGGGGUAUGGAUGGGGGAAUAGUCUGUUGGCUUUUAUGUUCAUUGGGAUAGGGAUCCCGGCACCGCUUGUUUUGUGGAAAUAUGGUGCUAAGCUGAGAGCGAAGGGGAAGCCUCAAUGA